GGAAUUUAACUACCCAUGCCUAUUUCGAAUUCAUAAAAUAAAAUCUGAUGAUUGACGGAAAGUGGAGUGAUAUAAAAACUAAAAAUAUUCACAAAGGAUAUGAAUUGGGUGCCUUAACACAAUGUUUUCCACUUGGACUUGGUCACUUGUGGUAGCUCUAGUAGCGGUGCUUUAUGUUGUCAACAGACAGAUUAAAGGGACUGCGGAUGUUAAUUGUCCAACGUUUUAUAUGAAUUCAACAUCUCUCCAUCCAGAUAUAUACCUAUCAGAAAUGGAUACAGUUGUUUCUAAUUACAACGGUAAUGCACAAAAUACAAUGACAGACGAAAAACAAUUGAAAAAAUUUAAAGGAGUAAUCGGAAAAGAUCAGAUAAGUACAGAAACAGAAACAAGAUUUGAAAUAGGAUUUUCAUUCCAAAUUAUUUCUGGCAUUGAGAAUAAAGAUGUCUUGCUUCAAGUAGGCGUGGCUAAUAAUGACGUUAUUGACCUACACCCGACUAUGGGUAAACAUCAAACCGCCUGGACGGUAUCAGCUGCUGGAUGCAGGAGUCAAUAUGUUUGUCUAAUUGCAGAGUCUGAUGGUGAAAUUUUGAAAUCGAUACCGAUAUCUGAAAAGAAAAUCAACUCAACUGUUUCCAAAAAAAUUAUCUACCAGUUAUUACCUGAUGAAAACACAGUGACUGUCUACAUCAAUACUUUUGCAAACAAAUUUAUUGAUUUCAAAAAUGUAGAAUUUACGAACGCUUUGAGGCUUGCUGUAGGUGUGUACAACCCAAAACUAGCGGUUACCUCCCUUACCAACAUUGGGACAAAUCACAUAGAGUUUGAUGUAUCAACAUUGCAUCGGACAGUCUUUAUCUCUGCGGAUAAUAACACGAUAUCAAAUAUAAAAUUUAACGACCAAUUUUCUCAAAGAAACUCGAGAGGCAAUCUUGUCAGCUACAGAGGAGUUCUUGGUGAUAUUCAGUUCAACAGGAAAUUUUUUACAGGCUUACCAGAAUAUUUUGAAGUGAAAGUAGAGGUCAACGUUAUGGCUUAUGAGAUUGGAGCACAGGAUCAUUUGUUUGAAAUAGGGUUUACUCAAAGACAGUUUGUCGACCAUGGAAAAUCUCUGCGAUCUUUGUCCAAUGCAUGGAUGAUUUGUGCAAGGAAAUGUUCAAGAAAUAAAAAUAUUUGUCUACAGACUUGGCAGUUUGGCAAAAUGCACAAGGAAGAAAUUCUUAUGCAUUCCUCAUUUUCUAAACGAUUAAAAGAAAUUAUUUAUCUUGGAUUUUCACUUCAUCUGACUACUGGUGAAUUGAUGGUUUUCAAAAGAUAUCCAAGAAAACUCAUUGAUACUUUGAGUAGUGUACCUUUCAGUAAAGGUGUUUAUCCUGUAUUUGGAAUUGGUAGUCAACAGCUAGUUUCCAUUGGUCUACGAAUGGGUGAAUCUAUUCCUCGAUUUAGUUUCUUUGGAUCUCAUUUUAAGAAACCAGUAUGUCGUCUAUAGUCUAUCA